AUGAAAGAGUGGGUUGGAGAUUCGACGGGUCUUGAUAAUAAGGCCUUGGUUGACUUUGGGACAUUUGUGUCGCACGUCUAUACAAGUGUAAGGUUUCCUCGAAAUGGCGUUUUCUUGAGCCAAACCCCCGAGUACAGCAAAGAUACCCUGGGCCAAAUCAAUACUUUCUUGAAAAAGAGAGAUAUUUACAACACGAAGUUUUUGCUGCGAGAUUGGGACACUUUGCAGAUUUCGCAUAAGGUCGUCCUCGAGCGGCUCAGUGAUAUCGUCAAAUCGACCCGAGGUAGCACCGUGCCGGGCUUCCCAGACGCGUGGAACACCCAUCUCCCCGAGUUCAAGCGCGCGUUAGCAGGCACCCAAGGAGCGCGACUAAGUGAGAUGUUCUCAGUCGGACUGAAGCCAUUGUUUGAAGGCAACUAUCCCGGAAAGUCUUUGCAGUCUUCAUCGUUUACUGUAAUGGACACAGAUGUUUCAUAUGAUCGCGAAAACUGGGGAUUGACAGUGGCGGCCAACGGCGGCUCAGUCACUACAGCCCAGGAGUACAAAACCUGGUAUGUUGGUCUUCGGAACAGCAAGUUGGUCGGUGCUCGAUCUUAUAUAAACCAUCAAAAGAUCACCACCACGAUCGGUCGGAGCUUGACUGAGUUGGAUAGCUUGGAUAGCUGUGAUUAG